CCGAAACCAGUCUUCGUGCUAUUAAAUUAACGUGAAUAGGAGCUACAAGAUGUUUGUGUUUUGUGAACUGUGUCACGAACAGCGAACAACGGGCGAGCUAGAAUUCUACAUAACAACUUGUAGCCACAUAUUCUGUCGAAAAUGUUCAUCAAUCGCGAAGGAGUGCCCGGUUUGUGCGAAACUGUGCAGAAUUAUGCUAAUGAAUAAGGACUUGCCAUUGAAAGUGAAGGAGUGCUUCAUGAACCAGGAAGACCAACUGGGUAAAAUAGGGAAAAUCUAUCAAUUCCAAAAUAGCAAAAUGGAUCACUUUAUAGAAGCGAACUGGAGUGUAUUCAAGGAGUACGAAACUAGAAAACAACGCUUUCAGAAGUUGGAGAAAAUGUAUGAAGCAUACAAAAAAGGAAUCGAUGAGGAACAAAAUCUUAUCAUUCAGUUGCAACAAAAGCAAAAGGAAGACGUAAAACACGGUAACGAAGCAAACUUUGAAGAUAACGCUAAAGAAGAUUUCUUUCAAAAUGCGACUACUAGCCGUGCACCACGAUUCUAGUUCUGAAACGUUGUUGGACAAAUCCUUUGAUAUUGUUAAACUUAGUAAACAUUAAAAGCCAAAGUUACAAACAAAACAUUGCGUUGCAUACGAUUGAAAGCAUUUUUUUAAUAAGAUUUUGUCCAUUCCAUCCGGUAUUGAAGUUUAGUGUAGCAAGUGAUACGAAAGAAGGAGUAAGAGAGAGAGCCUAGUAAAAAAAACCUUGGUAUAGCUUCACUGUAUUACACAGUCCAGGUGAAUAUUAGCGUGGAUUCCGACAGAAAAUUCA